AUGCAGUACACUGUAUUUAUAUACAGGUGAUUAAAUUUACCCGGAUUUUAAAAAUGAGAAGGAGGAGGAGGAGGAGGAGGAGGAGACACCAAUCAGAGUUUAUUUCAUAUUUAUGAUUGAUUGGAUAACAACCAUAUCAAGUUCAAAAGUAGUAGUUUUACAAGUUAUAUCAUUCAUUCAUAGACAUAACUGGUCUAUCAUAUCAUUAGAAUAUCAACAGCAUCAUUAGUUUAGUGGAAAAAGGACAAAUAAUAACAAUGGAAGAACAACGAAGGGCUGGUGUGAUUUCAGAGUCCGUUAGUAAACGAGACAAGAAACGUCAACUAAUAGGAACCAGAUUAACUCGAUUAGAUUCGAUGUUUAAGAAUGAUCGAGAUAAUUUUUAUCGAAAUCUGUUACAUGAAUUACAAGGUAAAUUAUCAACUUUACAACAAGGUGUAAAUGAAGAAUUUUUAAAUAAGAAGAAUCAAUUUGAAGAAAUUAGAGAUUAUGAAUUAACUAAAUUACGAUUAUGGGAAGAAUAUCAAGUUAAACGAAUUGAAACUGAAUAUAAGGAAGAUUUAUUUAAAGCUAAAGAAAAUCAUGAUAAAAUGAUUACUUUAAUUAAAGAGAAAUUAUAUGAUAAAUUACAAAAUCAAAUCAAACAACUUAAAGAAGAUAAAUUAUUAUUAAAUUUGGUUAAUGGAAAUCUGUGGAGUCAAGCUCCUACUAAUGAUAAGAGUUCCAGUACUAGUUCAAAUACUGCUGCUUUAAAUGCAGUUGCUUCAUCAUUAAAUUUAACUGAUAGAAGAUCAUUAAGAAAAAGAGAAUUAAGUUCAAGAUUCACUACUGGUGAAGCUGAUGAUUUAUCAGAUGGUGGCUUAUCCACUACCAACGCAUCCUCCAUAGCGAACAAUACUAAUAAUAAUGGAUAUACAUCAGCCACGGGGAAAAGACGAAGAUUAUAUUCCACUCGAUAUUCUUCAAAUGAUGAAAUGUCAAGUGGUAUUACUAGUGGAGUCAAUAACGUCAAUGGAAAUCAUAAUGAUCAUACCAAUGGAUCCACCUCCAAUAAUAAUCAAAAUGGAAGUUCCAAUAACUUUCUUAAACCAAAUUCAAAUAAUAAUAAUCAUCAGCAUGGAGCAAAUGGUACCAGUGGGAUCAGUAGUGGUAAUGAUUCGAAUCUAAGUGAUAAAGAUUAUGAUGCUUUGAAUUCAUUAAUUAUGGAAAAUGAUGAUGGAGGUGCAUCCCUUGUGUUAUUAGAUAAAUCAAAUUCAAAUAAACCCAAUACAAGAGGUUCUCAUAAACAAUUUACCGGUCUUCAAGGAUUAAAAGUUGAAGAAUUAAAUGAAGAUUUGAAUUUAUUAAGAAAUGCCAUCAUUAAAAAGGAUUAACGAAUAGUUUGUAUAGGUCAUUGUUGUAUAGUAGUUAUUGUAUAGUAGUUAGAGUUUAGUUCAUUUGUAAUAUUAGAAUUCAUCUGUCUUUUUUGAAAUUAGCCUUAAGUAAAAUACUGCAAACACAAAAAUGGAUUAACCGCUGAAAAAAAUAAAAA